AUGUCAGACUAUCCUGACGUUGCUGCUUUUGACUUGGACUACACCAUCUGGCCUUGCUAUUGCGACACCCAUGUCACUCCACCUUUCAAACCGAUCAAAAGCUCAAGUGGUGAAGUUCACACAUUAGUUGACAGUCGUGGUUACGAGAUUUCCUUUUACAAGGACGUACCAAGAAUAAUCGCGGAUCUAAAAUCUAACGGAGUUAAAGUUAUCUCAGCUUCAAGGACUUGGGCCCCGGAAAUAGCCAGAGAGAUGCUACAGAAUUUCAAAGUUGAGCAUGAGAACAAGAUAAUCCCAAUGAUUCAGCUCUUUGAUGAUCUACAGUGGGGGGAGAGGAGCAAGAUUGGGCACUUAAAAGAUGCCUUGAAGACUCUUUACCGAUCCGACAAGCUGGAAGAUCACAAGAUGUGCCUCUUUGAUGAUGAAAGUAGAAACAAGGAAGUUGAACGGUACGGCGUCAAGUUUGUCUACGUAACAGAUCCAGAAAAGGGCGUAACGUGGAAGCUUUACCAGGAUUAUCUGAAUGAUAGACUUUAG